AUGUUAGGCGGGCCAACUCGCUGUCUUCAUGUGCUGUGGGGUCAGAGCCUCGCCAGCUAUGUACCGCCACACAGUCCCUCCGGCCUUGUGCGUGGUUAUCUGCUCCGCCGCUACCCCGUCUCCGGCGCUGUCACCGCUUCAUCGCCGGCGCAAAGGAGCGACGCAGAGGUCGAGGCACACGUGACGGCUGCGCAGUGGCUGCCCGCACGUACCCCUGCCGAGGUGGUGCUCAACGCCAAUGAGUUUUCGACGUUUCAUGCCGUUCCUACGGCGAGUCCGGAGGACGUGCGGUGGUGCACGCGCUACCUCCUAGCCACUUCCAGCACCUCCGCAGCUUCCGUUGGGAUGGAAAAUCUAAAGUUGCAGGAAAGGAACCUGACCACCGCCGCAGCCAUGGGCGACUUGCGGGACACCGCGAGUAGCUCCUAUGAGACACCCUCUGGCAGAGCAGACACCGCCUCUCCUUUCUUCUCUUCCAUCAUCACCAGUCUAAAUGCUCUUCGCCACGUUCUUGGCGAGCAUCGGUGCCUUCUCGCUGGGUCUGAGGCCCUGCAGACCGGUGUUCCCAUCUCGUGCAUCUUGGCGGAGCACGAGGAGGCGCGGAUGUACUUGACAUGGAGCCUUGACUCACACCAAUCGGGCCCAUGGGCUCAAGGGAUGCUGCCCAAGCCAUCCAAUCCCGCGCGUGAUGAUGAGCACGAUGGCAGCGCCGGUGCUGCAGCUGGAUCGAAGGAGGCGCCGGCGCCGUUGACUGACGGAUGCGUGUUUGCGAUGGAGGGGGCGUCGGGAGGUGCUGAAAGUGCUGCCACGCCCCAUCAGCGCCUCGAUCCGAGGGAGAGGGCGAGACGGGAGCGCCUGACACGACUGCGCCAGCGCUUUCAAAGUGAGGUGGCACACCUUCACAGCCACCGGCCGGGGGGCGGUUUUGCGGAAGCCGUUCAGGGACCGAUGCCCAUCAGCGCGGAAGGCGCACAAGGCAAGCCGUUUCUGCCGAUGGCGGAGCCCUGGGUUCCUUUGCUGACGGUGGCGACGUCAGCAGGCAGCGGCCUCGCCGCUGCCAUAAAGGCGGCAGCUGUAGCAUGGGCGUGUUGCGCUUGUGGAGUCAGGGGCAGCAGCGCCAGCUCGUUGCGUUGCUGCGUGUAUGCGAUGGACAUCUUGUGGCGCCCGGCACCUGCGACGGCACUUGUCGCUACAUGGUGGGCGGCACUUCUGCACCAGCACGAGCACCAAUCCUCAAAUAGCACUGCCAACUCUGCUGAAAACGCGCAUUCAUCGUCCUCCGAUGCGGCGGCUCGACACAGCUUGCAGAGGCGCCUGCCCACCCUCACAGGCCCAGCUAGUGAGCGGAGCGAGGGUCGCCACAGCGCUUCAGGGAGGCGAGUCGAAGCAAGUCGUGCUGCCAGUGCGUCCUCGCUUUCGCCAUGCACGCACAAUUUCCAUGUCCUGAUCACCGGUGGCGACACGGCCGAUCAUUUUCUCCUGCCUUUGAUGGCUGGUGUGGAUGACAGCAUUAUUAGGACACGCACUAAGAAGGCCGAUCCGAGCGAGCACAUCGACGUCACUGCACAGAACGGCGGUCUUAGUGGCGGUAACUUAGCAAAACCACGUGGUGGCGAUGCGGCUUGUGCGUCUUCUUCAGUGCCGUCGGUACAUCGCCCAAGGCCUGAGACGCUUGCCAUGGUGCUGUGCUAUGCCUGUCCCGCGGCUCAGGUAGCACAUCUGCACGCGAUUCGCCAUUCGUAUCUCGCCCAGCAAGACAUGACCGAUACUUCGGCAACUACGGAGUCUCGAGGUGCGCUCACCGGACAGGGUGACGCGAACGUGGCCUCUCAUGCAGAAAGUACCGCAGUGACCGCUGGCCAGGGCGGCAGUUUGCCGUCGAUGAGGCAGGCUGAUUGUGCCACCACUGGCGUUGUGGAGCUGUGCACCGAGACUCCGGCGGUCUCAAUGGUUACAGCAUUGCCUCACGCGGCAAGCGCCGCUACACCCUCUUCAGUGGGGGCUUCAAGUCCGUUAUCGCUCUCAUAUCAUCUACGUGGCUCAGGCCCUUCCUUGUCGCCCUCCUCUGGGGCACAGCCGGUGUUGUCGAGUGCCACAGCAGCAGCACAACCGAUGACUCUCAAAGACGUUGCAGCGUGUGUCUUCGAGUCCAGCUUGCUGGAGCGGCCGCUCCGUUAUGCAGACCUUCGUCACCGUUGCCAGGGGGCGUGUGUUGGCGCUUCGCGGGAGUCACUACGUGAGCCGCACGCGGUGUUUGCGCCAGCAGCGCUGCAUGGGGGCGCAUCGUUGCAGCAGGGGUGGUGCUCUCUCUGCUUUGCACCGCAAACGUAUGCCCCAGCGCUCUUGAGCACGCUGGCGGAGAGCCACUUUGGACAGCCGCUACGCCCCGGUCACAGCUUCGAUGCGUUGUGCCGCAGAGGGCCAGCUCCGUCGCCGCCGCAUGUGCAGAUGGCACAAGAGGUGCUGCGAUGCGCCACCAGAGGUGGGUGUGUGCACAGACAAAGCCCAGAAGGCGGAUAUCAGAUGCGCAAGCAUGCGGACGCGUGCUCGCCUCCUUUACGGGCACCCGCAUCCACAGCGUCCACGCUGCCGCGAACGUGUGCGAACGACGGGUCCGUGAAGUGUGGUGUGCUGCGUGAAGUGCAAUGGAAGCACGUGUGUGGCGGCUUCCCACUUCCCCUGACCGCCGUAAGGGGCCGCAGCUCCCCGUACUUUGUCCCGUGCCUGCUGUUUACCGACCUGGCCGAGGUGGCGUCGACGAUCUUCACGAAGGGGCAUGAGGGGCGACUGUUCCACGCAGGUAUCGGCACAAUGCGACCAAGUUGGCCUGCUGUAUCGGCCUGCCCGGAUGGGCCGGAUGGUUUGCCACGAGAGGCACUCAGCGCAGGGUUGGGCGCCUCGCCGCAAGCGACUCUACAAUACUCUGCGGCUGAAGAGUCCAGGCAGACACAGGCACAGGUGGCAUGUGCCGUAGCGGCAGUGGAGGACAGCGUCUUCGAGCUGGGACGCACGCACGAUACGGAGAUGCUGGGCUACCGCGGCGUGGUUGCUGGCAACUAUCUAUUUAUGUGCUGCUACCCGGAUGCCUGGCAAGACGCGGUGAACGAUGCGCUGAUGCGGAGGUAG